UUAAACAAGAUUAGGGUUUCAUUUCAGAAGCUCAUGGUCAAAUAGAUGGAGGUUAUAGAGAAGAAAAUGAUAAAUGGGAGAUGGAAAGACAAAAAUCAUCAGCAAAUCAUCAAACCCCCGAUCAUUGUAUACCUCCGUACACCAGUCCACCACUAUAAGUAACGGGUCGAAUCUGGAUCUGGAUCUUGAUACGAACCCCAUUUCUUUUGCCGCUCCAGCUCCAAGAUCGUACGUUAGGCUUAAAACUACUUCCCCGACAAGGAGCGUGAGAUAUAGAGAAUGCCAACGGAACCACGCGGCGAGCUCCGGUGGACACGUGAUCGACGUUUGCGGCGAGUUCAUGUCUUCCGGCGAAGAAGGCACGGCGGAGUCACUUCUUUGCGCCGCAUGUGAUUGUCACCGGAGCUUCCAUCGAAACGAAAUCGACGGCAUGUUCGUUGUUAAAUUCAACAGCUUUGGCCAUUCACCAAGACCGCUCGUUAGCCGCCACGUGUCUCCGAUCAUGAUGAGCUUCGCUAGAGGAGGCAGAGAUCCGGCGGAGUCAUCGACGGAGGAUCUUAACAAGUUUCAUCAAUAUUUUUGUGGUAAUGGAGUAGAUCAGUCUCAAUACCAUCCGAAGAAACGGUUUAGGACAAAGUUUAAUCAAGAACAGAAGGAGAAGAUGGAGGAGUUUGCUGAGAAGAUUGGAUGGAGAAUGAGUAAACCAGAAGACAGUGAAGUGAAUCUGUUUUGUCGUGAGAUUAAUUUGAAAAGACAAUUGUUUAAAGUUUGGAUGCACAAUAAUAUGCAAACAGCCAAGAAGAAAGAAAUGUAAGAGACUUUAAUAUAUACUAAGAUCCUUGUUAGACUAUUGUGUUUACAUUUUGGAAAAUAGAUUUGAUUAAAAUUCGGAACUGUA